AUGGUGAAAGAACGGGAACCUCCUAAGAUUCCUUCCAUUUCCGGAGGGGAUGGGAAGAAGGCGCAACCCCCAAAGCCCGUGGAAUUCGGAAAACCGUCGCCGCUCGGCUCUAUGAAUGCAAACCAGCGUCACCCAUUCGUGAUUCCAAAAACGAAUAGGCCUCGACCUGAGCACCACCGUCCUGCCCCUAGCUCUACCCUUAAUGACAACGCAUCAAAAGAAAACGAUAAGCGAGCGUUCAAUCCAUUCCAGGCUACCCGGCCAUCCUCCUUCAAAAGCCGCUCAACCAUAACGAUACCUGACGAUGAUAGUGUGGUCGAAAUUAUGAAACCUAUGAAUGCUGAUCGGACUACUUGGAGGGCACCAGAGCCAAUGUUCAGCUCUAAACCUUCAGCCCCCAAACUGGGCAAGGCAGCCAGCACGUUAAAGAAUUUCAUGGACCUUACCACACCUGAUGUUGGAUAUGGAAGUGUUAACAGCAGCUUCCGAGAUGAAAUAAUUGGCUCAGCAGAUGCAUAUUCGUAUAUUGACAGCGAGAAAGCCAACGAAAACAUAAAAGCCUUACUCGAAGGUGCUUUUGAGGAUGAGGAUGAUAAGCCUCGUACAAGGUCACGGAAGAAAAAGAUCGAAAAACAGGUUGAUGAGCUGGCCGACAAGCUUAUGGGGGUCAAGGUGGACGAAAAAGCUGGAAAUAAGGAAUUGGAAGACAAAGAAGACGAGGAAGAGGAAGAGGAAGAUGACGGAACUGUGGAAGGGUUAAAAGUCAAGCUAUUACCUCACCAGAUUGAGGGAGUAGCAUGGAUGAGGGACAAAGAGAGCGGGUUAAAAAAGACUAGAGGCGUACUGCCGAAGGGGGGUAUUCUUGCUGAUGAUAUGGGCCUAGGUAAAACUGUUCAGACCAUUGCCUUACUACUCACCAACCCGCGGCCUCCCGUGGUUCCAACGGAUAAGGAGCAAAAAUCCGACAAAGGGAAGGAAAAGAAGGAUAAAUCCAAGAUACCCGCAACUGUCUCCAAAAGCACACUUGUUGUUGCUCCCCUCGCCCUGAUCAAGCAAUGGGAAGGCGAGAUUGAAUCCAAAAUAGAGAGAUCUCACCGGUUAAGUGUAUGUGUGUAUCAUGGUACAGGCCGCACAAAACAUCGGGAUGACCUAGACAACUUUGACGUUGUGAUUACCACAUACGGAACACUUAGUUCUGAGCACGGGAAAGACAGCGGAUGCUUUGGGAUCCACUGGUAUCGGAUUGUACUUGACGAAGCACACACUAUAAAGAACCGAAAUGCUAAAGCCACGCAAGCUGUCUAUGCGCUGAACUCACUGUAUAGAUGGUGCCUUACCGGAACUCCACUGCAGAAUAACUUAGACGAGUUACAAAGCUUGAUCAGAUUUUUACGGAUCAAGCCGUAUGAUGAGUUGGCUGCUUGGAGAGAACAGAUCACUCGUCCUAUGAGCAAUGGCCGCGGGGGAUUGGCACUUCGUCGACUGCAGGUCUACCUCAAGGCCUUCAUGAAGAGACGUACAAAGGACGUUUUGAAACUAGAUUCAAAGCCAGAGGCUGAGAACCCCAAUGGGGAGGAAUCAAGCAGUGACCAAAAGCACGGGUCUUCUGGCGGGUUCAAAAUUGUGAAUCGAGACAUCGUUAAGAUAGAGGCUGAGUUUAGCUCGGAAGAAUGGGCAUUCUACCAGCGACUCGAGCAACGUGCUGAUAGAAGCUUAGAGCGAAUGAUUGGUGGCCAGAAUAUAAGCUAUGCUGGCGCUUUGGUUUUGCUUCUCAGGCUGCGUCAAGCCUGCAACCACCCUGACCUGGUUAAGGGUGAGCUGGCCAAAGAGCAAGAUGCUUUGAUUUGUGAUGAUACCCAGGGCAAGAAUAAGGAAAAUGAUAUUGACAGCAUUGCCGAUAUGCUUGGCGGACUGAGCAUGGCCACCAAGAGAUGUGACGUGUGCCAGAUCGAGUUGACCAAGCAAGAGACACUUGGUGGCGCCGCACGUUGUGGUGAAUGCGAAGAAGACCUGAAAACCCAAGUCAUCAGCACGGUCGUUACGGAGAAAAAGCAAAAGCACAGGAAAUCGAAAGCCAAGGCAAGGUCAAAGCCAAAGCCCGUGGAAGCCAAAGUGGAUAGAGAGUCCCAACGAGCGAGAAGCCGCAGGGCCAGGCCCGUUAUCAUUGAUAGCGAUGAUGAGGAUGAGGAUGAGGAUGGAGAGUGGAUUGUCCCUGAAGAACAACGUGGCCCUGAAAACCUUACCGCACCUGUGGGAUCUGACGGCGAAGACGCCGAGGGGGGAGGCGAGUGGAUUGGCUCUGAAGAUUCAGAAACAGGUGGGGAUGAUGAAGAUGCAACUGACGAUGACGAUGAAGAGGAGGAUGAGGACGAGGAGGGUGAUUUGUCUGAGUCCACGCCCAAUGCCAUCCACGAUGUUCAAACCUCGGCCAAAAUUCGACAUCUGAUGAGAAUCCUCAAACGAGAAUCCGGACAGUCGAAGUUCAUCGUCUUUUCGGUCUUUACCUCCAUGCUUGAUAAGAUUGAGCCCUUCCUGAAAAACGGAGGUAUCGGCUAUGCCCGAUACGAUGGCGGUAUGAGAAAUGACCUCCGAGAAGCGAGUUUGAACCGACUCCGGAACUCUAGUAGUACCCGAGUGUUACUCUGUAGCUUACGGGCAGGAUCAUUGGGGCUGAACCUAACGGCCGCAAGCAGGGUCGUGAUCCUCGAGCCUUUCUGGAACCCAUUCGUAGAGGAGCAGGCCAUCGACCGUGUCCACCGCCUGAACCAAACGGUCGACGUCAAAGUGUACAAGUUGACAAUCAAGGGGACGGUGGAAGAGCGUAUACUUGAACUCCAAGAACGAAAGCGAGAACUAGCCAAGUCUACGAUUGAAGGCAAGUCAGCGGCCGGCAAGCUGACAAUGAAAGACAUGCUGGCUCUAUUUGGCCGAGAUGCGGAGGCACGGUCAUGGGACGAUGGCAAGUUAAGUUUUACGACGAAGAGCAGUAAGCUUCUUGACUCGAAGGAGAUGGCGGCGUCUGGCCAUCAGGCUCAGACCCUUGGGCCCCAUGGAAAAAGGGGAAGCGGGAAGCGAGCCACGCCGCCGGUUAUGGAGCGCAAGGCGAGUGCCGGUUCAAAGAGGGAGGAUCCAAUUUAUGGGCGUCGAUGGUAG